UAGCGGUGGGAGAAAAUCGCUCGCGACGAGUCCGAGAACAACCGGCCGGCGAGAGAGAGAGAGAGAGAGAGAGAGAGAGAGAGAGAGAGAGAGAGAGAGAGAAACAGAAACAGAAACAGAGCGCGAGCCGGUUCGGAACACAGACACACCGGGAGCUCGCGCACUGUGGACAUGGGUCUGUCUCUGAAGAGCUGGGUGACAAACGAGGGAGGAAAACACUGCGUGCUGGUGGUAUGGGUAGGUGUGAGUGUGUGGCUCUUCUGGAGGACCUUCAUGCUGUACUGCAGUGGAGCGCAGUAUUACUACUUACACAACAUGCUGGGGUUAGGACUGUGUGUGAGCCGAGCAUCAGCAUCUGUCCUGAACCUGAACUGCAGCCUCGUCCUGCUGCCAAUGUGCAGAUCCAUCCUCACCAUCCUGAGGGGACAGACACGGGUGAAGAGUAGAAAAAUGCGCAGGUUGUUGGAUAAAAGUAAAACCUUCCACGUGGCGUGUGGCGUCGCUAUUUGCGUCUUCUCAGUGGUUCACGUGAGCGCUCACCUGGUGAAUGCCGUCAGCUUCUCUGUUCGAUUCUCAGAUGAGUUUCCUGACCUCAAUGUAGCACAUUACCGGGGCCAGGAUCCCCGUGUCGUCAUUCUGACCACAGUUCCUGGGAUUACAGGUGUCCUAUUGGUGCUCAUUUUAUUCCUGAUGUUUACAGCGUCCUCGCACAGUAUACGAGUGUGCAACUAUGAGAUCUUCUGGUACACUCACAACCUUUUUAUCCUCUUCUACAUCAUAAUGAUGCUGCAUGUGCUGGGAGGGACUUUGAAGUACCAGACGAACGUGGAAGCCCACCCCCCAGGCUGCGUCUUAGCCAAUCAGACGUGUCCAACCAAUUCAACGCCAAAAGAAGAAAAGAGGGCGGAGUCAGCCAGAGGCUCACCUACAGUGUGUAAUGAAGAGGCCAAGUUUCAAGCUCACUUUCCCCAGACGUGGUUGUGGGUCUCGGCUCCUCUCUGUCUGUACUGUGCAGAGAGAGUGUAUCGCUAUGUGAGGGGCAGCGCUCCUGUUACCGUGGUAUCUGUCACCAGGCACCCCUGUGAUGUCAUCGAGGUGCGCAUGCUGAAGAGUGGCUUUAAGCCCCGCCCAGGACAGUACAUUUUGCUGAACUGCCCAAGUGUAUCAUCAUUUGAAAACCACGCAUUCACUCUGACUGCGUGUCCAACCCAGAACAAAGACACAUUUGGGAUUCAUAUUCGAGUGCUUGGGGACUGGACGAAAAGUUUUUCGCAGCUGUUGCUUCCUGAGUCAGAACACUCCGAGAUCCUUCCCAUGAUGCAUCAGCAGAGAUACCCCAAGCUGUAUGUGGAUGGUCCGUUCGGCAGUCCAUCUGAAGAGGUGUUUCAUUAUGAAGUGAGUGUGUGUGUGGCUGGAGGGAUUGGUGUUACACCCUUCGCCUGCGUUCUACACACUCUGCUUGAUGACUGGCGUCACUAUAAGCUGCAGAGACUCUACUUUGUGUGGGUGUGUCGAGAGUUGCAGUGUUUCUACUGGUUCGCUGAACUGCUGUGUAGUUUAUAUCACAAGUUGUGGGAGGAGAAUCGUCCUGAUUUCCUGAAUAUUCGUCUCUAUCUCACUAGUACGCACAAGCUGCAGAACCUCACAGAGGAAAAGUACCGCCCCCUGAGUUCCAGGCUUUUGAUUGGUCGACCCAGGUGGAAGCUUCUUUUUCAGGAGAUAGGGAAAGCCAAUCAGCAUAAGAAAGUGGGCGUGUUCUGCUGUGGCCCUAAAAGUGUCUCCAGAGAGUUACACAAACUUUGUAACACAUUCUCGUCUUCGGCAACCAUCUUCGAAUACAACAAGGAGUCCUUCAGCUAACACACACUGAAUGAAAUUUAAAAUAUCAACCUCAUGAAAGAAAAAGUCACAAAUGAAAAAGGAAGCAAGAAGAAAAACUGAGCGAGACACAGGAUUUUUCAGGAAGUUUAAAAAGGAAGAAUAAUUUACAAACAAAGGGAUUUUUUCUCCCUUUUUUAUUAUGAUUUUUAUUGUUAAUGUUUAUAUAUUUAAAUGUUGAUUUGAGUGUAUAUGAAAAAAACUCUGUUUUGUUACCGUUUUUUAUACCUCCAUUGUGAAUUGUGAUUAUUUAAGAGUAUUAUUUUUUGUGUUUAUUCUUCAGUAUUCUUUUUUAGGGUUACAUCAGCAGCAGUAUUUAACUCUUUGGGAAAAUUAUUUUAGAAAGAUGAACAACUAAAAACAAACAAAAAAUUCCAUGUGUCGCGGAAUUACACUAAUUACAAAUUUUUGACUUCUGAUAUGUUGAACUUGCAAUCCUCAGUUGAUUUUCUGACUUUCAGACGUGAGAAUGUUUUUAAUAGAUUUUGCUACACGUUUUUUUUAAAUCAAAUAAAAGAUUAAAGAUUUUUAAAAGAGUAAAAGAAAUAUUGUAUGAUAUCCUGUUGAUCUUGCAUAAUGAAUAUUGUAAUAAUGUUGUAUUUUAUGGUUAUUUACCACAUUUGAGUGUGUGUGUGUGUGUGUGUGUGUGUGUUUACAGAGUU